CAGGACUGAGUUUGGACAUCCCUGGGCCAGUGUUUACAGCAGAUGGCACUCUAGGCUAGUGUUUAACAAAUUUAAAUUGUUUGUAAAUAAAUUAAAGACCCUGUCUAAAAGUCAGAUUGGUAAAAUGGUGUAAUCUAACGACUAUGUCUCUCUGGGAAAGCAUGUACAAGGAGAAAAGCAGAGGAGGUAAUGCUGAGCCCCGUGGCCCUCCACACUUGCAUUCAAUGAGUGCAGGGGAGAAAGUAGGUAAUUAAGUAACUGUCAUGUGCUAAAACUGAGAUUGACUAAAUAUCAGAGGCAGUGUUAACUGAUUUGGGUAUUUUUUUAUUUAAUUUUGAGGGUAAAAAUGCCUUGUUUGUUGCGGUUUGGGAUCAGUGUGCUGUAUUGAGGUGUUUCAUUUAGUCAUUGGUAACACUAUUACGCAGGUGGCACAGAUAGACAGUGAAUAGUGGUCCAGGCCACCGGCUCCAUCUUUUGCAGGUGUCAGAAUAGUAACAAGUAAAGAAAAGAUCGCCAAAAAGCCAUCUUGGUAGGCCUGCUGCACUCUGUUAACAUACUGUUUUGUUUUAAAACACUGAUGUGAUGUAUGAUUUACACGGUUAUUUUGUCAUUAAUUUAAGUGUCCAGCACUCCACACUUUUGAUUAAACAAGUGCAUUAUCGGGACUUUUCUGUUGUUUUGUGAUUUUUGACCGGGACUUUUAUCUUGGUUCAGAGCUAUGACGUCACAAGUGCGCCGCGCUCCUGCAACUGCCACUCGGCUGGUCUGAAGAAAGUGUCCAAACCCAGAGAAACUCCUGCUGAAGCGACUGAGCUCAGACUGUUAUAAAGAUGGCGUUUAUUAAAGAGGAGACUGAAGAUAUCAAGAUUGAAGAAACAUUCACAGUCAAACAUGAAGAUGCUGAGCAACAAACAGAUUUGAUUGUGCCUAAGGAAGAGGCAGAAGAGAGCACCAGUGAAGAGAAAGAGAAGCCUCACAUAUGCAGCGAAUGCGGAAGCAGUUUCACGAGUAAACUCUCCCUUUAUCUCCACAGUAGGAUUCACACCGGAGAGAAGCUCUUCACCUGUCAGGACUGUGGGAAGUGUUUCAGUCAGCAAGGAAACUUCAUGUACCACGUAAAAACUCACACAGGAGAGAAGCCUUUCACCUGCCAGCAGUGUGGGAAGAGCUUCAUUACUGAGGGAAACCUCAAAACCCACAUGAAGACCCACGCCGGAGAAAAGCCCUUCACCUGUAAGGAGUGCGGGAAGAGUUUCUCUCAGCACGGACACUUCGUGUACCACAUGAGGAUUCACACCGGAGAGAAACCUUUCGCCUGCCAGCAGUGUGGGAAGAGUUUUAGCACAAACGGCCAUCUUAAAGUCCACAUGAGGUUUCACACCGGAGAGAAACCCUUCAGCUGUCAGCAGUGUGGAAAGAGUUUCACUGAAAACGCGAGCCUUAAAGCCCACAUGAACGUCCACACCGGGGAGAAGCCGUACUCCUGCACUCAAUGCGGGAAGAGUUUUCCUUAUAAAAGAUCGCUUUAUUCCCAUCAAGCGCUUCACAUGGAGGAGAAGCCGUACUCCUGCUCCCAGUGCGAGAAGAGUUUCAUUAACCAAGGAGACCUUAACAGGCACCUGAAGGUUCACACCGGAGAAAACCUUUACAUUUGCAGUCUGUGUGGAGUGAGCGUCACCACCAAGCGAAACCUGGAGUGUCACAUGAACGUUCACACUGAUAAGAAGCCGUUCUCCUGCCUUCAGUGUGGAAAGAGCUUCAGGCACAGUGGAUCACUAACUAGGCACAAUAAGACUCACUCGUCUCCGCAAUAAAACCAGGAUGAGAGCUUACAGAAGUCGUGUAGAGUGGCGAACUGUUUGGAAAGAGCCUCAGAAAUUAACUUUAGGCAUCACAUGAACAUUUGCACGCUGUAAAAAAUGCUUUUCUUGCUUAAGGCUGGUUCUGACGAUCUGUGCUACCUCAUCAGAAUGUGCUUCGAUAGCUUAAUCUGUCAUCUUUCAUCUAGGAAAACAGGGUAAGCACAUCUUGUCAGCUUUGGAUGUCUAUCAGAAUGAACUACCACUCAAAUAAACAAAGUAAAUAUAAAACUAGCGAAAUAAAAUAAAAAUCAAGGCAGUGGUUCACUCUGAUAAACUUUUGAAGCUGCUACGCCUUUUUCUACCUUCUUCAAUCAGAGCCGGAGCUGAACUGCCGCUCUUGGCAAAGGACGAUCACGCCGCCCUCAAAUUGUAGAGAGGGGGUGUGUGUGAGGGGGGGGGGGUUCGGGUGUAUGAGGUGCUGGGUCGCAGACAUAACUGAGGGCGCAGGUGUUGAGGGAGGUGUCGCGGACAUAACUGAGGGCGCAGGUGUUGA